AUGUCUGCAGAUCCGCUCAUAGACGACGAGUACGCCUCGGAAGAGGACUCGGACUUUGCGCCAGAUGCUGCGGUCGCGAACGAUGCGUCAGAAGCCUCAGAAUCCGAGGACGAUAGCGCCCCCGCCCCCGGCGCGGCUGCCAAGCGGAAACGCGCCGCGGGCGACACUGCCGACAACGACGACGGCUACGACAACUCGGGAGACGAGGCAAUCAUCACAAAAGGCAAGAAGCGCCAAAGGAAGAAGGAGAAGCGGAAAGAUGGCGCUGGCGAUGACGAUGACGACGGCGGUGAGGGCGGCCUCGUCAAGACGAGAAGCAUGCGGGCGAACGAGAAGGCCGAACGCAAAGUGGCUGCCGUCACUGGGCCUGUGACUGUCGAUGUCGACGAUCUCUGGGCGAAGAUGAUGGCAGGUCCGGUCGUGCCAUCCAAAGAGGAUCCAGAGAACCCAGCAGCCAGCCAGCCAGCGGCGCCGGGCGGCCUGGAGGAUCACAACAAGGAUGCAGAAGCACCGCGGCCCGAGAAGCAGGCUGAGAAGGAGCCUUCAGAUAUGAUCAAGAUAAAGCGGACUUACAACUUCGCCGGGAAGGUGCACACGGAGGAGAAGAUCGUACCGCGAGACUCGGCGGAAGCCAAGGUCUAUCUGGCAUCGCUCGGCGAGAACGCCGAGGACGCGCUCGCGCUCGAUGCCGAAGACGACGAGCCCACGAAGCGCAAGCCGCGCAAGGCCUUUCGUUCCAUCUUCGAGCCCGUCUCGGACCUGGGCCUGUCCCAGCGUUCGGACCUGAACCUGGGCAUGGCGGUCCGGCUACAGAUGCGCGAGCAGGCCAAGGCCAAGAAGCUCAACGUCGUCGAGAAGAGCCGCAUGGACUGGGCCGGCUUCGUCGACAAGGAGGGGAUCAAGGACGAGCUCGAGCUGGCCGGGAAGUCGAAGCAGUCCUUCGCCCACCGCCAGGACUUCCUGGCCAGGGUCGAGGCCAAGAGGGAGGAAGACGCGCGCAAAGCACGAAUGGCGGGGCGCGUUGUGUAG